AUGUCCUUAACUUCGGAUAAUUCUUUUAAUAAUGAAUAUGAUUAUUCUGACGACAUUUAUGAGGAGUCUAUGUGGUCUACUACAAGCUUUUGUGCUGAUCCGCUUUUGACUUAUUCUCCAAACUCAACAUUCCCUUCAAUCAGUAAUUGCCUCCAACACGCAAUUUUGGAUCAACUAGCCCCGUUACUUUUACUUAUUUCUUUGCCUAUUUUGUGGAUUACCUUAUCUAAUGCUAAAAUUGAAUAUAAAGCAACUAAAGAGGAGGAGGAGGAAGAAGAAGAAAUUGGGAGGGCACCUCAUAGUGAAAUUGAAUUAAUUAAAAAAGUUUGUACAGGGUGA